AACUCAUUUCCCACAAACUUUUCCCUCUAACAAUCGAAAAAAAAAAGGUUUUAUUGAGAACUGAGAAGAACCCUAGACCGCAUCACUGCAUCCUCAACCGCAUACUCCGUCGCUCCUCUCUCCGUCUCUGCUUCCGCUCCGUUCGUCAUCGGUAAAGGAAAGGGAAACGGAGUACAUAAGAGCGCGGGAAAAGCAAGAAUCUUUGGCACCAAAAGACGUUACUAUAAAUAAGUUUGUGUGUAUACCGAUCGGAAGUUGAAAAAGAGAGGAAAAAGAUGCAGAUUCGUGUACAGUGCAAUUGUGAGGAAGGAAACUGUGUGGAAUGGGGCAUUGUUGAACUGCAAGGAGUUGUUGAACCACAGCCUGGUUUUCAGGAUUCCCUUGCCAACCUUCAAAUUGGCACUCUCUGCCGUCCUUCUUCUCAGGAAGUCUACACUUUAACUAUUGGGUACCAUGAACUGACAGGGUCAAAGGUCUCCUUGAAGAAGCCGUUGUUGGUGCUCAAGAAAGUCAAGCAUCCAGAUGGAGACAGUUGCGGUCAGGUGGAGUUACGGGUUGUUGGAAUCAUUCGACAGAAAAUUCUGUUCAAGACCAGACCAAGGGCCAUCAUUUCUAAACCACCAGUUACAUCUAAAGAAAAACAAAAGUCUAUCACGACAGGCUCUGCUCCUUCAAAUCAAGCUGUGUGACAUUCACCGUCGUUGUCAUUCAAUAAACUCAUGUUGGACCAGAAAUCUGGAGAAGUUCAAGGAGACACACAUAUCCCUCUUUUCUACACUGCAAGCAAAAUUUAGGAAGCUUCUAUGUGUCAUUCAUACAUAUUUGUAAUCUUAGAAACCAUUUAUGAGUGGAACAUGAUUUAAUGGCAAAAGUUGUUGUAAUAUAUUGUUAAGAGGUGUUUGAUUUGUCAUUAUCUUUAACAUCUGUUUUAGUGUAAAUUGCUAGUAAUUUAUUAUCAGAAUUUCUAAAAGCACUUGUUCAAAAAGAAUUUCUAAAAGCAUUGAAGAAGGAAA